AUGUCUGAAACAACCAUCAUUGGUGAUACCAGUAAUGUUGCAAAGGCAGUCAGCUAUGAUGUCAAUCAUCUUAACAAUUUUGAUUCUUCUGGGAUGACUCUAGUCAACACUGUGUUUGAUAGAAUAGGAUAUCCAGGAUGGAGGAGAUCUAUUCUGUUGUCUUUGUCAGCCAAGAAGAAACUUGGUUUCAUCAAUGGAGCUUGUCAAUCUACAGAUCUGAAGUCUCCAGAUCAUGAGCAAUGGAGCCGUGUCAAUGAUAUGGUGAUAUCUUGGAUUCUAAAUGCUCUCUCUAAGGACAUUGUAGACAGUGUAAUGUACUCCAAAAUUGCGAAAGAGCUUUGGGACAGUCUGGAGCAGAGAUUUGGAAGAUCAAAUGGAGCCAAGCUGUAUCAUAUGCAAAAGGAGCUAUCAGAAUUAGUACAGGGUAAUAGUGACAUUGCAAGAUACUUCACUAAACUCAAACGAUUGUGGGAUGAAUUGGAUGCUUUAAAUGUUAUCAUAUGUUAUUCAUGUGUUUGUGUUUGUGAAAGAAAAUCAAAGUUAACUAAGUCACUUGAAGACCAGAGGUUGAUUCAAUUCCUAAUGGAUUUGAAUGACAUUUAUGCACAAGCAAUAGGAAAUAUACUCAUGAUGAAUCCUUUGCCUACCAUGAAUGUUGCCUAUUCACUACUUUUGCAAGAUGAAAAUCAAAUAGAAGUUUAUACAAAUGCACACAUCAACUCUGAUUCACUUUCAUUUAUGGUAGUUGGAGAGGCAAAGCAGCCUAAUGCCUAG